CCAGUGUAUCUUUUCACACUCUUGGCCUUGCAAAACUUCUUCAGCGUAACUCCGACCGACGCCAAAGUCGCAGACAAUUGUCCUCGUAACAACAACGAAUUCUUGCAAGGCCACCGUCCAUGAGUGGACCUGGGGCGACUUUGUCAAACAGAUAUAAAUCUGAAGGAGGUUGCCUCCUUGGUCUCACCCCACCAAACUCGCACUCGCACCUGCAUGGCUGAACGCGUCCCAACCCUGCUGGCGGACGCCAGGCUUGCUGCCCGACAUAUCGCAAUCAAGCACCAGUUGCUACACAGGACCCACUGGGGACUACUAGAGUCUCGCACCAACGGAGAACCAGACGUCAUCUUCAACAAGUCAUCGUCAACUUGGCUGGUCUGCCGCGACACGGCUGGACUCGUUCGAGCCAGCAAUGAUGUCCCAGAGUCAUUCCAAACCAUCGUCACUAUUUCCAAGCAGGGGGACCAGGGGACGGAGACAUUCAAGAUCACGCCGGCCAAUGACCUCUAUGGGAUCAAGGUGAACGAUGAAUUCCUCAAGCCCGAAGAGUACACCUUGCCCCGCGACUCCACUGUGUACAUUGGCAAGACAGAGUACAUCUUCCGUUCCUUAACGGAUGUUGAUGAACCUCCCUCUCAUGCUUCUCGCUACCAGAUUAGGCACGGAUUAGCGAAGGCAGGCGGACAAGGAGUCGUCCAAUUCGGGAAAACCGUUGGCAACCAGCGCGAAUACGCUGUCGCUAUCAAGCGCAUGGAUGUGCAAUAUCGACAGUUGCAGAACAUAGCAUUGGAGCUGAGCAUCUGGGAAUCGCUGGAUCAUCCCGCGAUCCUUCGCUUGCAUGACUGGUGGAUUGAGACCGACGACAGUAAACCCGAUGUCGUCGAAGUCUACACGGUCUCCGCGCUCGCAGCCUUUGGCACCCUAGAAGAUUGCAUACAAAACGAAGGACCUCUCUCCCCGGCCCUCGCUCGUUUGGUGCUGACUCAGAUCAUUGACGGCCUCCUCUAUAUGCAUUCCCAGGGUAUAAUGCAUUGUGAUUUGAAGCCCUCCAAUGUGCUUGUCUUCCACAAGGACGCAGACUCCAUUGCAGUCAAGAUCUGUGAUUUCGGCCUUGUUAAGCAAAGGAAGAGGGAUCCCUUUUUGGAUGUUGAACCCGCCGGCAGCGCUGGCUGGGCCCCUCCUGAUAUUUUGAAUCACGUGUACAACGAGAAGAGCGAGUCCUUCGGCGUUGGCGCGAUCAUGUUCUUCUUGUUGUUCGCAAUGCGCCCCUUCCUGCUGCUUCGAGAGAAAAAACGGAGCCCACUGCCCACCCGCAUCUCAACCCGAGUGCCACAGAUAGACCAGGUCACUCCGGAAAUGAUGAAAGACAUUGGUGAUGCCGGCCAAGAUCUAUUAAAACGCCUGAUGGAGCCGCAAAACUGCAAGCGGAUCAGCCUGGAGGACGCUUCCGACCAUCCGUUCCUGGUUCCCACUAGACCGUUCGAACUACUCGCUUUCAACAACCCUCUCGUGCAGAACUUCCUUUCGAACAAGGACGGCAAGGGAAACUACAGCGCCGCUGGGACCCCGAUACCCGAGUUUAUCGGCGUUAACGACCUUGGGCCUCCCGCAACGACGGAGCCUCCCGAGACGCCUAGACGUCAGCCCGGUGUACUCGGCAAUCUGGUUCGGAGCCCCCGUGAGCUAGCCAGCACCGUUUCUGAGGUUGGGAGCACCGGCGUGAACGAGAUCCGUGGCGACGUCGAGCUCGAUGGCAACCUGGUGGUUCAUGGUAACGUGGUCGUCACUGGCAAGGUGGUAGUCAUCGGGGCGGUGGAAGUCCUAGGAGAGGCGAAGGUUCGCGGCCCCUUCACGGUGCACGGCCAGCUCAUGGGCCUGCAUCCUCUCGACCACGAUUGCGAAAAUUACCGCAGCGAGACGAACGCGGAAGAUGAAGCCAGCAACUCCGACAGCCAUGACGAGUCGAUCGAUCCGGACGAGCUGCCGGAGCCGUCACAGACUCCCGUCCCGUUUGCCCCGGAGAGACGGGCUGCAACUCAGGGCUACCGAUCCGGCCUUUCGCUUAUGGCGUCGGUUUGGCCAGGCACGGAGGUUCCGGAUGCCGACUAUGGUUUUCCUGAGGUCGACGAUGACGCUCGGAGCGAUGACACCGUGAUGGCUGGUGCUCCAGGAGAAGCGAGUGCAAACCCUAUCCCGCGCUCGUCCACCAGCGGCGCCGAUCUUCUUGCGAUGGAUAACGUUGCUGAGGUGGAGAUGCGGCUUUCGGCGGCAGUAGGUGAUGAUGCCAGUUCCCCCGACCUGGCCGGACCUUCGCAAGGCACCGAACGCGAGGGUGGUGCAGCUGUGGACGCGUAUGCCCGGAACGAAAUCGCAGAAUCAAGCAACCAUGCUAUCCGGCCUCGCCGAUCUGCACGGAGGACCGCCGGUCAAGGCCGAGGAGAUGAAGCAGGCACCACGAGUGCGAGAGUCGACCAAGGAGAACAGCAGGAUUCCGACGACGAGUCGAAUGGGCUCAACAACAAGCGGAGGAAGACGAGGAGCUCCACCAGGAACAAGAAGCUCAAGACGACGAAGAAUUGACGUGUUACAUCGAUUCAGGCCGAACAGGGCCUGAUCGAAUAUAUCUUCCUCUGUGUCAAGCCGCAUACACGAAUGGCCGCAUCGAGGUUGGACAGUCUCUUUCCCUCUUUUCUCUUUCCUUUAUCCACGAAGCCGCAAACACGGAAGGCUUUCUCGUGGGCUAUCACUCCCCGUUCCUUAUUUCCACCGUCUUCCGACUUCAGCCGCAUACACGAACGACUGGUUUGAUGACAGUCCCCCUGAUUCUUGACUUCUAUAUUCUACAAAAUCGGAUACACGGAUGUACGCCUGCCAGUCGCUCCUUGAUGAUGCUAUGCUCCCUGCAUGUAUUUUAUGCCUUAUGUUGUAAUGAAACUCGUGUU